AUGCCCGAACAAAGCGCCCGCCUCGACUACGAUGUUCUCAUUAUCGGUGCUGGCAUCUCUGGAAUCAACUUUGCGUACAGACUGCAGGAGAGUCAUCCGGACUUGAGCUAUUGCAUUCUGGAGGAACGGCAUGAAAUUGGUGGAACAUGGAGCUUGUUCCAGUAUCCAGGGAUUCGGUCCGACUCGGAUCUGUUUACGUUUGGGUUUGCAUGGCGUCCCUGGACUCAGAAGCACUCGAUCGCCCACGGGUCGUUAAUCCGCGAGUAUCUCCAAGAGUCAGCCAAGCAGGAAGGAAUCAACCGGAAGAUCAAGUUCCGGCAUCGGGUGGAGAGAAUGGAAUGGUCGACGUGUAGGAAGGCCUGGACGGUGCAUGUUUCCGCAGACGAUGCGGCCACCGUGACUCUGCGCACCCGGUUUAUCAUGAUGGCCACCGGCUACUAUGACUAUCAUGAGCCGCUGCAGACCGAUAUCCCCGGGAUCAAGCGAUUCCAGGGACCAGUGCUCCACCCGCAGUUCUGGCCCUCCGACCUGGAUUACACCAGCAAGGACAUCGUCAUCAUCGGCUCCGGCGCCACGGCCAUCACCCUGCUGCCGUCACUGGCCGAGAAAGCGUCCAGUGUGACGAUGCUGCAACGCUCCCCUAGCUAUGUCCUGUCUGUUUCCAGGGAAGACACCAUCGAGAAACUGAUUCGAUGGUUCUGCUCCGCACAUCUGGCAGCCAGCCUGAUCCGGUUCAAAUGGAUUAUUGUGCCCCUCGUCCUGGUGAAUUUCUGUCGUUGGUUCCCUAGACUCGCGAAGUGGAUAUGUCUCGAUAUCACCCGCAGGGAACUUCCCCAGGAGGUGCCUCUAGACCCCCAUUUCACGCCCAGAUACAAUCCCUGGGAACAACGCAUGUGCAUGUGUCCCGACGGGGACUUUUUCGAAUGCCUCCGGAAUGGGAGCGGCAGCGUGGCCACCGGGGUGAUCGAGUCGGUGACGGAGAGAGGCAUUCAGCUGCAAUCCGGGGCCGAACUCAAAGCCGAUAUCAUCGUCACGGCCACCGGACUGAAGAUGAACAUUGCGGGGGGCAUCCAGAUCAUGGUCGACGGAGUCCCGUUUGCGGUUCCGGACCAUUACAUGUGGAAAUGCAGUAUGGUCGAUAGAUUGCCGAAUGUGGUGUUUGCUUUGGGGUAUGUCGAUGCGAGCUGGACUUUGGGUGCUGAUGCAACUGCGCAGCUUAGCUGUCGGAUCUUGACGCAAAUGCGGGAGGAGGGGCUGAGCAUCGUAUCUCCGUGCUGUAGUGAAGAAGAGCAGAACGAGAUGCAGGAACUGCCGUUCCUGAACCUGAACGCUACGUAUGUCAGGAAGGGUCGUUCGGCGUUUCCGAAAGUUGGGGACAGGCCGCAGUGGGCUCCUCGGUCGUACUAUUGGAAGGACCUUGUACGGGCGUGGUGGGGAGAUAUACGGACAGGAUUGGAAUGGUCGGAAUAG